CCCCUCCCCACCCCGACAGCCUUUUGUCUUUUGGACACCCCAUCCCAUCCCUGCACUUGCUUUUUUUGGGGGUGUGCGAGGGAUGAAACGAGCGUACCGCUGAGGAGUUGCACACCAAGUUUGUUUCUUUGAUCAUUAUUCUUAGCAUCAUUCUUUUGAGGGGGGCGCUGCGCAUCCACAGAUCUGCAGGUGCUCCGAUUCUCUGUGGCGACUCGUCAGGGACGGAGGCGAGCACGAAGGUUCCCGCGCACGCCAACGCAGACGCGAACGCCAUGCAGGAGUGGGAGGCCAGCGUGUGCCAGCUGCAGCCCAACAUCAUCUCGGUGCGCCUCUUCAAGAGGAAAGUGGGCGGCCUGGGUUUCCUGGUCAAGCAGAGGGUCUCCAAACCGCCCGUCAUCGUGUCGGACCUGAUCCGGGGCGGUGCGGCCGAGGAGUGCGGCCUGGUGCAGGUGGGCGACAUCGUGCUGGCCGUCAACAACAAGCCCCUGGUGGAGCUGAGCUACGAGCGGGCCCUGGAGACGCUGAAGAACGUGUCGCCCGAGAGCCACGCCGUGCUCAUCCUGCGUGGGCCCCAGGGCUUCACCACCCACCUGGAGACCACCCUGUCGGGCGACGGGCGCCCCCGCACCGUGCGGGUCACCCGCCCUGCAGUCCCGCCCUCCAAAUCCUACAAGAAUUGCUCGCCCCAGCUGAGGGCCAUUGAGAACCUCUCAUCGCCAUCCAUCACGCUCCUGGCGGCCCAGGACCCGCUGCUGACGAGGGAGGGGGGCCGGGGCGGCGGUGGGCUCUUCUGCAACGGGCUGGAGGAAAACAACGAGCUGCUGAAGGAGAUUGAGCCCGUGCUGCGCCUCAUCCGCAGUUCCAAGAAGGAGCUGAACGGCGAGGGCCAGAGGAACGCCGGGCGCAGGGACGCUGCCAUUCAAGUGGCCUGUGAUAUCAGCGUGGGAAACGCAACUCCGCCACAGCUUUCAUCUGAAAACAACAGAAGACGAGACAACAUGCCGGUGAUGCUGCACGACAUCAAGGCCGAGCAGGGGCCCGGCCAGGGCAAGACGCUGCACAACGGAAGCCCCUCCAAGUGCCCACGCUUCCUCAAGAUCAAGAACUGGGAGAGUGGAAGCAUCUUGAACGACACGCUCCAUCAGGGCGCCAGCAAGAUGCCCACUUGCGGUGAGAACGUGUGCCAGGGCUCCAUCAUGACGCCUAACCUGCACGCUCGCAAGCCGGAAGAAGUGCGGCCCAGAGAGGAGCUCAUCACCCUGGCCACAGACUUCAUCGACCAGUACUACACCUCCAUCAAAAGGUCCUCCAAGGGCAAAGACGAGUACAGUUCCAAGGCUCACGCGGACCGGUUGGAGGAGGUGACCAAGGAGAUCGAGGCCUCGGGGACGUACCAGCUCAAAGAUACGGAGCUCAUCUACGGAGCCAAGCACGCCUGGAGGAACGCCGCCCGUUGCGUGGGCAGGAUCCAGUGGUCCAAACUGCAGGUUUUUGACGCAAGGGACUGCACAACAGCUCAUGGAAUGUACAACUAUAUUUGUAACCACAUCAAGUACGCCACCAACAAGGGCAACCUCAGGUCGGCCAUUACCAUCUUUCCACAAAGGACGGACGGAAAACACGACUACCGCGUGUGGAACUCUCAGCUCAUCCGCUACGCUGGCUACAAGCAGCCCGACGGGAGCAUCCUGGGAGACCCCGCCAACGUGGAAUUCACAGAAAUUUGCAUGCAGCUGGGCUGGAAUGCACCCAAGGGUCGCUUCGACGUGUUGCCUCUCCUGCUGCAGGCCAACGGCAACGACCCCGAACUCUUUGAACUACCCGAAGACCUGGUCCUGGAGGUGCCCAUCACGCACCCCAAAUACGAGUGGUUCAGGGAGCUGGAACUGAAGUGGUACGGCCUGCCCGCAGUCUCCAACAUGCUGCUGGAGGUGGGAGGCCUGGAGUUCACCGGCUGCCCCUUCAGCGGCUGGUACAUGGGAACCGAGAUCGGCGUCAGGGACUUCUGCGACAGCUCUCGCUACAACAUCCUGGAGGAUGUCGCCAAAAAGAUGUCCUUAGACACCAGGAAGACAUCGUCCUUGUGGAAAGACCAAUCUCUGGUGGAGAUUAACAUCGCUGUGCUCUACAGUUUUCAGGUGUGCAAAGUGACCAUCGUGGACCACCACUCGGCCACCGAGUCCUUCAUGAAGCACAUGGAGAACGAGUACCGCGUGCGAGGCGGCUGCCCAGGCGACUGGGUGUGGAUUGUGCCGCCCAUGUCAGGCAGCAUCACGCCUGUCUUCCACCAGGAGAUGCUCAACUACCGCCUCACGCCCUCUUUUGAGUACCAGGUGGACCCGUGGCACGCUCAUGUGUGGAAAGGAGUCAAUGGGACGCCCACCAAGAAGAGAGCCAUCAGCUUCAAGAAGCUCGCCAAGGCGGUCAAGUUCUCAGCCAAGCUGAUGGGCGCUGCCAUGGCCAAGCGGGUGAAGGCCACCAUCCUGUUCGCCACAGAGACAGGCAAGUCUCAGGACUACGCCAAGACGCUGUGCGAAAUCUUCAAACACGCCUUUGAUGCCAAGGCCAUGUCCAUGGACGACUACGACGUGGUGGACCUGGAGCACGAGACGCUGGUUCUGGUGGUGACCAGCACCUUUGGCAACGGCGACCCGCCCGAGAACGGGGAGAAAUUCGGAGCCGCCUUGAUGGAGAUGCGACACCCGACGUCAAACACGGAAGACCGAAAGAGCUACAAAGUUCGCUUCAACAGUGUGUCGUCCUACUCAGACACCAGGAAGUCGUCCAGCGACGAGCCCGAAGCCAAAGUAAACUUUGAGAGUACCGGCCCUCUUGCCAAUGUCAGCUGCCGCGGGCUCCCGACGGCUGCGGCGGCGGAAACGCGGCGCGACGGAAACAACCACGGCAAAGAUUCGAACGUCACGCCUGCCAAGAAAGAACGAAAAGCGCUCAAGUUCUCAGUCUUCGGGCUGGGAUCCAGGGCCUACCCGCACUUCUGCGCCUUUGCCCACGCCGUGGACACGCUGUUCGAGGAGCUCGGUGGGGAGCGCAUCCUCCGCAUGGGGGAGGGCGACGAGCUGUGCGGCCAAGAGGAGUCCUUCAGAACUUGGGCCAAGAAGGUUUUCAAGGCUGCCUGCGACGUUUUCUGCGUGGGCGACGACGUCAACAUUGAGAAGGCCAACGACUCGCUCAUCAGCAACCACCGGAGCUGGAAGAAGAGCAAGUUCCGCUUGACCUACGCUGCCGAGGCGCCGGCUCUCACUGACGCGCUGUCUACAAUCCACAAGAAGACCGUUUACGGAGCCAAAAUGCUGGAAUCGCAAAACCUCCAAAGUCCCAAAUCCAACCGCUCCACCAUAUUCGUGCGGCUGGACGCCAACAAGCACGACAAGCUGAGCUACCACCCCGGCGACCAUCUGGGCGUCUUUGCCGGGAACCACGAGGACCUGGUCACCGCUCUCAUCCACAAACUGGAGGACGCGCCGGAUGUCAAUCAGAUUGUCAAAGUCGAGUUCCUGGAGGAGAGGAACACCGCACUAGGCGUCAUCAGUAACUGGACCAGCGCCGGUCGCAUCCCGCCCUGCACCAUCUUCCAGGCCUUCCAGUACUUUCUGGACAUCACCACGCCGCCCAGUCCUGUCCUUCUGCAGCACUUUGCCGCACUGGCCACCAACGACAAACACAAGAAGAGACUGGAGGUGCUCAGUAAGGGCCUGCAGGACUACGAGGAGUGGAAGUGGUUGAACACGCCCACCCUGGUGGAGGUCCUGGACGAGUUCCCGUCGGUGCAGAUGCCGUCCACGCUGCUGCUCACCCAGCUGCCUCUGCUGCAGCAGCGCUACUACUCAAUCAGCUCCUCGCCCGACCUGCACCCCGGCGAGAUCCACCUCACCGUUGCCGUGGUCUCCUACCGGGCGAAAGACGGAGAAGGUCCGAUCCACCACGGAGUUUGCUCGUCGUGGCUCAACAGGAUCGAAAAGGGCGACGUGGUGCCUUGCUUCGUGCGACGCGCCCCAUUAUUCCGGCUUCCCAAAGACCACCAAGCACCCUGCAUCCUGGUGGGCCCUGGGACGGGCAUUGCCCCCUUCAGGAGCUUCUGGCAGCAGAGGAUGUUUGACCUUCAACACAAAGGCGUGGAGGCGUGGCCCAUGAUCCUGGUGUUUGGGUGUCGCCAGUCCGAGAUGGACCACAUAUACAAGGAGGAGACCGUCCAGGCCAGGAACAAGGAGGUCUUCAAGGAGCUCUACACCGCCUACUCCAGAGAGCCCGGCAAACCAAAGAAAUACGUGCAGGACAUCCUCCGCGAGCAGCUGUCCGAGCGAGUGUACCGGUGCCUGCGCGAGGAGGGCGGCCACAUUUACGUGUGCGGGGACGUGACCAUGGCGGGAGACGUGCUGAAAACCGUGCAGCAGAUCCUCAAGCAGCACGGAAACAUGAGCUUGGAGGACGCCGGCUUCUUCAUCAGCAAGCUGAGGGACGAGAACCGCUACCACGAGGACAUCUUCGGAGUCACCCUGCGCACGUACGAGGUCACCAACCGACUGCGCUCCGAGUCCAUCGCCUACAUCGAGGAGAGCAAGAAAGACUCUGACGAGGUUUUUUGCUCGUAGGCUGCCGCCGAGGAUGCAGCAGGACCGGCUCCACAAAACUGUGCCAAUUUUUCAAA